AUGUCUUCAGAUGGAAUAAAUAGUAAUACAUGUGCUGCCCAUACUCUAGAAUUAUGUAUUAAAAAAUUACUUGAUAUACAGAUAUUUUCUACCCUCAUAAAACGAGCGUCAAACAUUGUAAGUGCGUUUAAGCAUUCGUAUAAAAGAUCAUAUGCAUUAGAAAAUGUAUUAGAACAAUUAGGCAAACCAAAAUUAACAGUUAUACAAAGCUGCCCUGUGCGAUGGAAUUUGACUAUGUUUAUGCUGGAACGGUUGCUAGAAAUACGACAAAGAAUAGUCACCGUAAUGGCUGAUCGUAUGCACUUUACUCGACAAGAAGCUCAAAAGUUAGAGUUCAUUGAAGAAGAUUGGGAUAAUUGUAAUAUUCUUUUCAAUUUAUUGAAGUCAAUACAUUCAGCAACAACCGUUCUAUGUGCAGAUAAAAAAGUGACAAUUUCAUUAAUAAGGCCAAUUAUUCAUAGUUUGAUUUUUAAACAUCUCAAAAUUAAUGAAAAUGAUAAUGCAUUAGUGACAAAUUUUAAAACUUCAGUUUCACAAGAACUUUCAGUUCAUUUCGCAAUUGAGGAAAAUUCUCCAGAAGAAAUUAAUAUUGCUCAAAUAUCUUGUUUGUUGAAUCCAAGGUACAAAUAUUUAAAUUUUGAGUACCUAUUCUAA